AUGUUUGGAGAAGUUUGGCAUCUCGAUGGCAUGGAGGGAUGGAUGGAUAGGCCACGUUGUCUACGAAAUAUAGCAACAGCAACGCCGAUGUCUGUUCGUGCGACCUCCGUCUUACCAGUUUGCGCCGGCUCCGGAAUGUCAAAAUCCUCAUGCUUUACUUCUAUGAGCACUGCUCUUAGGAGAAGUGGUUUGCAGGAUGCCGCUUCCAGUGACGGAAGCGAAUGCGGAUCAGAGCCACUACAAAAAAAGGGGAACAACCCUCCCAUGUGGGCGUGCGAGCAGAAUCCUGUAGACUGGAAAGAGUCGGCGAACAAGUCCACGUUGAAAACUACAGGCUACGUUCCGACCUACGCGUCUGCGCAAUCGUCGCAUGUACGCUCUAUACCUCCCGCUCCGGGCCUUAGGCCGAUCCUAAAACCGCGGAUAUCUAAAUUGCCAACCACAUCAAAGAUGCUAUCUUGAAGCACGUAGGGACUUCAAUGUAGCCGGCAUUGAAAUUUUCACGCAUUUCUCCCCAUGGUCGCCGAGGAGAGGCGGUGGCUGAAUCGCGAAGAUAAGCAAUGUACGGUGGCGUAAAUUCGACGACAUUGGAUUAUAUCCCGUCCGAUCUGGGAAUGGAGGGCCUCGGGACUCGUCAGCCCUCAAACUCAGUUGAUGGAUGGGGGCCGGUUGAGAAAAUAGGGCGUCUCAAGCCUCGAGGACGAGCGGGCAUAGCUGCAACCUUUCGGCGUGCAGCGGGGUGAGGAUUCCACAUGAAGUCUCGUCAGUUUGCGGGACGCCCUUCAAUCGGUACGCCAAAAGGACGCGCUUGGGGCUUCGGUUCUGUCUG